AGUUCGACUCCUUCAGACAACGAUGUCGACCAAAACGGUAGUCUUGUGUGCCCUUUUGGCAGUCACAGCGACAAUUCCUCGAGGGGUUCUCUCUGAAACAGCAAGAUUAUACCAAACUCCUGCAGUAGGCGGAUCUGGGUUCCCCUCAGGAGGAGUUGGCGUUUCUUCUAGCGGAGGAUUCGGAGGUCCCGGUAGUUUUGGGGCGUCUUCUGGUGCACAUGGAGGAUCAGGAAGUGGAGGAUUCGGUGGUUCAUCUGGAGCAGGAUUUGGUGGAUCGUCAUCUGCAGGAGGAUUUGGCAGCGGUGCUUUGAGUGGAGGUUUUGGCGGUUCUGGUGGUUCCUCUGGUGGUCUUGGUGGGGUUGGCAGUGGAGGCUUUGGAGGAUCAGCAGGAAGUGGCUUUGGUGCCUCAGGAUCUGGUUUUGGAGGUUCUGCAGGUAGCGGUUUUGGUGCCUCAGGAUCUGGUUUUGGAGGUUCUGCAGGUAGCGGUUUUGGUGCCUCAGGAUCUGGUUUUGGAGGUUCUACAGGUAGCGGUUUUGGUGCCUCAGGAUCUGGUUUUGGAGGUUCUGCAGGUAGCGGUUUUGGUGCCUCAGGAUCUGGUUUUGGAGGUUCUGCAGGUAGCGGUUUUGGUGCCACAGGAUCUGGUUUUGGAGGUUCUGCAGGAUCCGGUGCUGCUGGAUUUGGAGGUUCUCCUGCCGGUGGUUUUGGUGGAUCAGCUUCAGGAAGCUUUGGGGGAAGUUCCUCUGGAGGUUUUGGUGGUUCAAGUGGAUCAUCUGUUGGAGGAUUUGGAUUGUCUGGCUCUGCUGGUGGUUACCAAGGUCCCUCUGCUCCUGUUGUACCUAUUCUUGUUGACGAACGCGAUGGUCCACACGCUGACGGUUCUUACACCUUCAACUUUGAAACUGGAAAUGGCAUCAGCCGUCAGGAACAAGGAUACCCACAGGGUGUAACUGGAGCUGUGGCACAGCAAGGGGCAUGGUCAUUCACAUUCCCAGACGGUACCCCAGCUAACUUCCAGUUUGUUGCUGAUGGAUCUGGUUUCAAUGUACAAUCAGACCUUCUGCCAACUCCUCCUCCUCUUCCACCUCAUGCCAUCGCUCAGAUUGAGAAGGCAGCUCUAGAGGAUGCCGCUGCCAGUGCUGCUGGAUCUCAGGGAGCUUACGGUGGAGGUUCCCAAUCUGGAUCAGGAUUUAGCGCCUCAGGCUCUCAGUUUUCCGGAAGUGGAUCACAAUUCACUGGAUCUGGUUCCCAAUUCUCUGGAACUGGAUCUGGCUCUGGAGCUGGGUUUGGAUCUGGAGUAGGAUCUGGCUCUGGAGCUGGGUUUGGCUCUGGUGCUGGCUUCGGCACUAGAGGGGGUGCCUUGGAGGUAGUCUUCUAUUCGAUCCUGGAUUUGACUCCGGAUUUCAACUAUCUGAUCCUGGAUUUGGCUCCGGAUCUCAAUUAUCUGAUCCUGGAUUUGGCUCUGGAUCUCAAUUCUCUGGUGUUGGAUCAGGAUCUCAGUUUGGUGGCUCUGUAUCAAGUCCAAGAAGAACCUAUGGUUUACCUUGAAUACAAGAAUCUAUCCAGUAUGACCCACCUGAUAUGUGAUGUUCCACAUGAAUAAGUUUAAUUGUUCAAAUUAUGUAUAACUAAUGAAAUGCUGUCAUCAAAUGAUAUUCAUGACUAUUGUAAGUGAAUUAUUCUCUGAAUAUUUCACAGCAUCAUAGGGACUACUUUAUCUCCCAUCUGCUUUCUUGUAUAAACAUUCACUUAAGUAGUGGUGCUGUUAAACUGAUUCCACUUAAGUGACAAAUACGCUUAAUAUGUAUAAUUACUGUUAAUGAUCAA